ACUUAUAGUUGUGAGUUUGGGGAUAGAUACACAAUACAUUUGCUGCUGUCAAGAUGCGUGUUUCAUCGGUACUGUCACUGCUUAUUGUGGGGCUGGCUGCUGUGUCAGCUGUCCCCAGCUCGAGGAUCAUUGGUGGGUCUGCGGCCACCAUUGCCGCGUACCCGGAGAUGGCCUCCUUGCUGUACUCCGCCACCAACUCUGGCCAUAGACAACUCUGCGGAGGCACCAUCCUUAACAGACGAGUGAUCCUCACCGCUGCAUACUGUACUCUCGGAUCUGGCAUAAACAGAUGGCGAACCCGUGUAGGAUCAGCUCUCGCCAACAGCGGCGGCACCGUGGUCAACACCCAGCAGAUCAUCGCCCACCCGCAGUACAACCAGUUCACCAGGGACAACGACAUCUCUCUCAUCCGAACCUCGGCUAAUCUUCCCAGCAACAAUAACGUCAUCCCUGGCAGCAUCAGUGGACCCAACUACGUCCUUCCUGACAACUCGCCGGUCAUCGCUGUGGGAUGGGGUCGUAUUAAUCAAAUUGGACAAGUUACCGAGCAGCUGCAGCAGGUGCAGAUGUGGACUGUCAACCUGAACGUCUGCAGACAGCGGUAUGCUAUGGCCAACUUGGCCGUCACCGACAACAUGCUGUGUGCCGGCUGGCUAGACGUCGGCGGUCGCGAUCAGUGCAAUGGCGACGAGGGUGGUCCGGUCUUCCACGGCCGCGUGGUCGUCGGCAUCACCUCCUGGAGAAUCGGCUGUGGAAGCCCUCAGUUCCCUGGAGUCAACACUCGCGUAUCGAACUACGCCACUUGGAUCUCUAGCAAUGCGAACUAGGCUUUAGUGAUAUUAAAAACUUUGGUCAUGACAUUAUAAUAAAUAAUUUAUAUAGUUUUUAUUAAGCUAUGUUGGCUCGAGCAUGAUCUAAGUUGCAUGUUUAUACUAUGUAUAAGCGUGUAGCACUAUCUUUUGCAUUAUUGAAUAACUGAAAGUAGGGAGAAAAAAAUACAUUUUGAAGCUCAGUGUUUUUAUAGAAUAACACCAAAGAUAUUGCAUUAUCUUUCUAAAAAUAAUAAUAAUAUACAGUCAGCUAUCGUUUGUUAAGAAAAAAAUAAUAAAAGUACCGCUGUAUCAAAAUAA